AUGAUUCUCGCUGCCCCUGACAGUGUUUACGCCAAAGAGCGAACUUACUAUCUUAACCUCCUAGAAUGCCAGGUCAAUGAUCUACGGUGGAUGCCAGAGCGUCACCUUCAGGUGAUUGAACGGCUCGUAGAGCUACAUAACCUGACACAGGGCUAUAUCACAGCUUCGCAUUUACUAGAAGAUGCUUGUUUCCAUCAGAUUUGCUGCACCUUGCAGCCUAUCCUCAGCAGCGCAAUCCUCACACUCCGCAGAGAUAGUGACCCCGUCAGUGGGUACAGGAUUGCUGAUGAGCUCGAGAACGCAGUUCCCCUGGCCGUUCGAGACCCGUUGGCCUAUUCGCGAGCCCGAGCAGGGGGCCUUGAUGCUGUAUAA